ACCUGGGCCCCGAUCCACAAAGCCUUCGUAGCGCUACGAACAUCGUAAAACCCGUCGUAACUUUAUGACAAAAAUCUUAAGCGAUCCACAAAGCUAUCUUAGUGAAAAUAUCUCGUAAAGUUAAGAGAAAAAUUAUGAGUGGUCAGUACCUAUCGUAAAUCAAGCAUUUCUGUCGUAACUUUAGUAUAAAGAUGGCGGCAUAUUUUUUGCUUGGCAUAGUAGAAGAAAAAGCAACACGAUCACGACCAAGGGUGUUUCGAGACCGAACUCGAAUACUUGACACGCUCGAUGAUGACAGCAUAAUCCGGCGCUACCGGCUACCACGUCAUGCCAUAUUUAAACUUAUAGACUUACUGAAACCAUAUCUUGCUUCCGAAACAGAGCGUUCACAUGCAUUGUCCCCGGAAACACAGGUUUUGAUUGCCCUCAGGUUUUAUAGUAAGGGGUCUUUUUUCACUGAACUAGCAGACUUGCAUGGGGUAUCCCAGUCCACUGUGUCACGGGUGUUUACCCGUACAAAUGAAGCCAUUGUCAAACAACUAAAACUGAUUUCGUUCCCAAAGGCAACAUCCGACCAACGUGUCACGAAGGAAGCAUUUUAUAACAUUAGCAGAUUUCCAAAAGUGCUUGGUUGUAUAGAUGGCACCCUCAUACCUAUCAUGCGACCCACCGGGGAUGAAGAAGCGGUUUACGUUUGCAGGAAGGGCUUCCAUGCCGUAAACGUACAAGCUGUCUGUGACGCAGAACUAAGGUUUACAAGUGUGGUUUCCAAGUGGCCUGGUUCAACUCAUGAUUCGUUCAUGCUACAAAACAGCAAGAUUGGGCAGUAUAUGGAGACUGCUGGGAAUGACGGAUGGCUGCUAGGCGAUUCAGGAUAUGCAUGUCGCCCAUGGCUGCUUACGCCAAUAGUUAACCCUACAACACCGUCUGAGGAACGUUACAACACUGCACACUGCAGAACACGCAACACUGUGGAGAGGGCCUUUGGACUCCUUAAAUCCAGGUUCAGGUGCCUACAUAAAUCAGGUGGCUGCCUGCCAUUCACCCCCCCAAAAUGCCAUCAAGUUGUGUAUGCAACCUGUCAGCUGCAUAACUUCUGCAUCAGCCUAAGAUUGCCAGCUCCUCCUACACAAGAAGACCUGCUCCAAGAAGAUGGGAUAGCUUACCUGGGACCUCUCAAUGACGGCCUCAAAGUCCGACAAGCUGUCGUCAAUAACUGUUUCUCUAAAUGAUUGUAUGAUUAAGAUAAACGACUUUUUGUAACCGAUGAUAAAUGACAACAGAAGCUACAUUAUCAGUAUGAAUUUUUAUAUUUGGGAAAAUUAAUCAAAGUUUAAAGGAACUGAAUAACUGGUGAUACAUUCAGUUGACCAGAGUGGCCAGCUUCCAGAGAAAUGAUGUAGGCCAAUUUCUGUUCUUCCACAUGUAAUCUCUUUUUUUCGACCUCAAGAAGCUCUUUCAGCACAUUCAGUUUCUCCCUCUCUAUGUUCAGAAUGUUAUCUUUGUCUGAAAGAAAUUUUCAUUUUACAUAACACAAGUCUCACAGCAACAGUUAUGUCUCGUCCAUCUUCAUACAAACUUUAUCAAAACAAACAUCAGGGUUUCUUGAGUAAAUUACAUUUUUUCUCUUUCUAUCAUUUCAAAUUUGAUGUAUUGCUGUACAUACCACUGAGAGUCUUUGUGGCCUUAACAUGUGAAACUGCAUCAACUGUAUUAAAGAAACAAAUCAUUUAACUGA